AUGACCUCGUACAACAACCAGUGCGCUCGUGGACAGAGUGUUCUGCUGAGUCUGAAAAUGCUGCAGAAUCUGGAGAAGCUUCCAUUGCCAGGCUUCAGCCACGAGAUGCGCUAUAAGCGUUUGUUUGCCGCCUUCCGCAAUGAGAUUGAAGAGAUCGCCCAGAAUUACUCGCAAAACGCCCUCAAUCCGCCCCUAGGACGUGAUAUUCCACCCAACGCAGGUGAGUACUCCUGA